CACUUUUUUUUUCUUUCGGAGCGAUUAUCUCCGAAAGUAUUCACAUUAUCAAAAAAUGUUUGUUGAAGACCCCUAUUAGUUUUGAAAGACCUUUCUAACGAUAUCCCACACUGUAGGGUUGAAGCAGAAAAAAAUGUUCACCCCCACUUUACGUGUAGGGGAGGUACCCUAAAAAAAAAAAUUUAGAUUUUACUGUACGACUUUGUCGGCUUUAUUGAUUUAUAUCCAUGCCAAAUUUCAGCUUUCUAGCACUAACGACCACGGAGCAAAGCCUCAGACAGACAGACAGACAGACAGACAGACGGACAUGGCGAAACUAUAAGGAUUCCUAGUUGACUACGGAACCCUAAAAAUGGUCACGUUUUCUCAUAUGUAGUCUGCCUCUUUCACACUCAUGGGAUGUUCAUAUACGUGAUGACUUCCCUUUCACACACUUCAUCUGUCUGUCAAGCGAAGCGUUUGAGAUAUCUGUGAUAAUUACAUACCUAAAGAAUAUGUUAUUCAUAAACCUAUGGACCUGUAUUACACACCGGGCUCGGCGCCGUGCCGCUUGGUCCUUCUGGUCGCCGCGGCGCUGGACAUCCAGCUGAACCUUAAGGAACUUAACCUACAAGCCGGAGAACACAUGACAACCGAAUUUCUAGAGUUAAACCCCCAACAUACGGUACCAACGCUGGUGGAUGACGGUUUUGCGCUCUGGGAGUCUCACGCCAUAUGCCGGUACCUGAUCAGAAAGUACAAUAACAGAGAGCUGUACCCUGAGGACAUACAGAUCAGGGCACUGAUUGAUCAACGACUGGACUUCGAUUUGGGGACUCUUUAUCCAAGAUUCAGAAACUUCUUUUAUCCCCAAGUUUUCGCCGGAAAACCCGCUAACGAGAGUCUAUUCAGAAACUUAAAGGAGUCUCUGGAUAUCUUCAACUCGUUCCUGAAAGGCCACAAGUAUGCCGUCGGAGACACCCUUACGCUCGCGGAUCUAAGCUUGGUCGCUACUGUUUCUACGCUAGAAGCAGCAGCAGUUAGUUUAGAGUCGUAUCCACGAGUUGAGAGAUGGUUCGAGUUGGUGAAGUCUACUGCACCGGCUUAUGAAGAGGCUAACGAAAAGGGCCUCAUAAAGUUCAAGGCUCUUGUUGCUAACUUCAAAGCCAAAACGGAACUGUAAAAUAAUUUUUCAACACACUUGCUCGAAACGACGUUUUUAUUCCACCGAUUUUUGGCUCAUAAUCCUAGAUAAUAAACACGCGUGCUUUUUCAGUAUAUUAUC